ACUAAAAGUGUUUUACAAAUGCGCUUUUCAAAACUCAACCAGUCAAAAAUACUUACUGAAUUUUAUUGAUUUAAUCUAUUUGACUAAAAUUAAUAUGACACCAUAAUCUUAUUUAAUAUUUCUUAUUGACCGAACGUAACCAUGCUUACUUAAAAUGGCGAAUAAAUAGAAAUGAUAAUAAAAAUUUAUAAAAGUUUUAACGAGAAAAAUUUUAAUUUCAAAAUCUUGCAACGAUUUGUUACGAGGUUGGUAGAGGUUGGAAAAUUUGAAACACCUAAACAGCAAGCAAAAUACAAAGAUGGUCAGUUGUUCAUGCACAAGAUAUUUGGUUAUCGUGGAGUAAUACUUUUUCCUUGGGUUGCUAAAGUAUAUGACCAUAAUGCAUUGCUUUCUGAUGAUAUACCUUUAAUAAGGAAUUUAACAAAGAGAUCUGGUAAUGAACAGCAUGGGAUUGCAACCACAUUUUAUCAAGUUUUGAUUGAUCAAAGAGAUUGUCCAUACAUAAGAGCACAACCAGAGUCAGUCACAUUCUUAGGAAGCAAAAAUGACAUAUCAUUGUAUGCAAUACCUGGUUUAGAUUAUGUGCAUCAUGAGGACAUUUUGCCCUAUAUUUCUAAUGAUAGCCAACCAAUUCAACAUGAGCUUUUUGAAAAGUUUCUAAGACCAACUAAUGGAGUCCCUGCAUUUGAAGGAAGCUCCACAUUACAAAUGUGGCAUGAAAAGAACCAUAAAUGGCUUGAAAUUUCAGAUGUUCAUCGUGAGACAACAGAAAAUAUUCGGGUCACAGUAGCACCAUUUUAUAUGGGAUCAAGAGUAUGUCAGGUUGUCCAACAGAGUACAGGUUAUUGGUGGCGUUACACAAUUCGUCUGGAGAAUCUUGGUAACGAAUCAGUUCAGCUGCGUGAGCGUCACUGGCGUAUAUUUAGCUUCUCUGGUACUCUUGAAACUGUCCGCGGAAGAGGAGUUGUUGGACAAGAACCUUUAUUGUCACCUGCCAAUCCAGCAUUUCAAUACAGUAGUCAUGUUUCUCUACAGUCUCCUAGUGGUCAGAUGUGGGGAACUUAUCGAAUGGAAAAAUCAGACGGUACAAUUUUUGAAGUUCGUAUACCUCCAUUUGCAUUGGAGAGUAAAGAAGAUGAAAAUAAUUAAAAUGAAGAACUUAUUUCAUUUUAUACUUGACAAAACCUAAUUUUUUUUCAAA